CUCUUCCUCCUCCUCCUCCUCGUCCCGCCGCGGCCGUCUUUAGCUCCAGAUGCUCUUGUCUUAGCGGCUCCCGGAGGUUUUUGGCUCCUGUUUCCUGUGGCUCUUUUCUGGAUCGUUUCUUCCGCUUCAGAAAUGCAGCUGAAACACCUGAAAACUCUGUUACCUCCGCAGGAGGGGGCGGCGAAGGUCACGUGCAUGGCGUGGGCUCCAAACGGCGCUCGAUUGGCCGUCUGCACCGUGGACCGCGUGGUGCUUCUGUACGACGAACAGGGAGAACGAAGAGACAAGUUUUCCACCAAACCCGUGGACCAGAAGUUCGGGAAGCAGAGCUACACGGUGAACGACAUGGCCUUUUCCCCGGACUCCACCAAACUCGCCAUCGCUCAGUCCGACAACAUCAUCUUCGUUUACAGGAUCGGAGCCGAAUGGGGCGAUAAGAAAUCCAUCUGCAACAAGUUUGUCCAGAACAGCGCCGUGACUCGAGUCCUGUGGCCUGCGGAAAACUCCGUCGUGUUUGGUUUGGUGGACGGGAAGGUUCGUUUGGCGAACACACAAACCAACAAAUCCUCCACAAUCUACAGCACAGAGUCCUGUGUGGUGUCCCUCACCUCAAAUGUGUCGGGGAAAGGUGUGUUGUCGGGACACGCCGACGGGACUGUGGUUCGUUAUUUCUUUGACGACGAAGGAUCAGGAGACUCACAGGGGAAGUUGUUGGUGCACCCGUGCCCGCCGUACGCCGUGGCGUGGGGUCUGAACAGUUUCCUGAUUGGCGGUUGUGACCGGCGGGUGGUGGCGUACGGUCGAGAGGGACACGUCCUGCAGACGUUCGACCACAGCCGCGACCCGACCGAGCAAGAGUUCACCACGGCCGCCACCAGCCCCAGCGGCCACAGCGCCGUGUUCGGCAGCUUUGACAGGUUGCGUGUGUUUAACUGGGCUCCUCGUCGCGGCGUUUGGGACGAGGCCAAACCCAAAGAAAUCCCACAUGUGUACAGUAUCACCAGUCUGAGCUGGAAGAAGGACGGAUCCAGGCUCUGCGCUGGGACUCUGUGUGGAGGGGUGGAGCUCUUCGACUGUUGUCUGAGGAGAAACAUUUACAAAAAUAAGUUCGAGAUGACGUACGUGGGCCUGAGCCAGGUGGUGGUGAGGAACCUGUCGACGGGCGCUCGGGUCAUCGUGAAGUCGCAUUACGGAUACGAGAUCGAGGAGGUGAAGAUUCUGGGAGGAGACAGAUAUUUAGUGUCUCACACGUCGGACACGCUGCUGCUCGGAGACCUGCUCACGCACAAACUCAGCGAGGUGCUGUGGCCCGGAUCCGGAGGAAAUGAAAAGUUCUUCUUUGAAAACGAGUCUGUUUGUAUGAUCUUUAACGCCGGGGAACUCAGUCUGGUGGAAUAUGGACUCAACGAAAUCCUGGGAUCAGUCCGGACCGAGUUUAUGAACCCACAACUCAUCAGUGUGCGUCUGAACGAGAGGAAGCUGAGAGGAGCCGAUGACAACAAGAAACUGGCCUAUCUCAUCGACCUGAAGACCAUCGCCAUCGUGGACCUGAUCGGAGGAUUCACUGUGGCGUCCGUCAGCCACGACUCAAAGAUCCACUGGUUAGAACUGAACGAGACCGGAAAGAAACUCCUGUUCAAAGACAAAAAACUCCGGCUGCACAUGUUGGACGUGGCGUCGGGUCUGAAGGUCACUCUCGUCGGUUCCUGUUCGUUCGUUCGUUGGGUCCCAGGAAGUGACGUCAUCGUGGCUCAGAACAGAAACACUCUGAGUGUUUGGUACAGUCCAGAGAGCGCCACCACCUGUCCCAUCAAGGGUGACGUGGUGGACCUGGAGUGCGCUGAAGGAAAAACCAACGUGAUCGUCUCUGAAGGUCUGAACACCGUCACCUACAGCCUGGACCAGGGCCUCAUCGAGUUUGGAACCGCCAUCGACGACGGAGACUACGACCGGGCGAUGUUGUUCCUGGAGACUCUGGAGAUGUCGGUGGAGACAGAGGCCAUGUGGAAAACACUGAGCAAACUCAGUCUGGAGGCGAAACAACUGCACAUCGCACACAGGUCCCACCACGUCACCCUGAGGAGACCACGGGUCAGUCUGGAUGAGAAUCAGAAGGUCCACCAGGAGGACCCAGAACAUCCACAGGAGGACCAGACGUCCCACAGGAGGACCAGAACGUCCCACAGGAGGACCAGAACGUCCCACAGGAGACCAGAACAUCCCAAGGCUGGAGAUUUGUACGAAUGCACCAGGAACCACCAGAGGGCGCUGGAGUGUUACGUCAAAGGAGGAGCCUUCAGGAAAGCGGUGGAGUUGGCUCGCAGCUCGUUCCCGUCGGAGGUGGUGCGGCUGGAGGAGUCCUGGGGAGAUCACCUGGUCCAACAGAAGCAGAUGGACGCAGCGAUAAACCACUUCAUCGAGGCCGGUUGCUCGAUUAAAGCCAUCGAAGCCGCCGUCGCCGCUCGUCAGUGGAAAAAGGCCGUUCAUAUUCUGGAGACGCAGGACGACUCUGCGGCCUCCAAAUACUACGUGAAGAUCGCCCAGUACUACGCCUCCGUGCACGAGUACGAGGUGGCGGAGCAGCUGUUGGUCAGAGGAGGACACAUUAAAGACGCCAUCGACAUGUUGACGACGGCCGGACGCUGGGAAGACGCGCACAAGUUGGCGGUGAAGUGCAUGACGGAGGAGGAGGUCCGGUCGCUCUACGUCACCAGAGCUCAGGAGCUGGAGCGAGAGAACAAGUUUAAAGAGGCCGAACGGUUGUACGCGGCGGUGAAGCAGCCGGACUUGGCGAUCACGAUGUACAAGAAGAACCGAAUGUUCGAUGACGUCAUCAGACUCGUCGCCAAACACCACCCAGACCUGCUGAGCGAGACGCACCUGCACCUGGCCAAGGAGCUGGAGCUGGAGUCUCGUUUCUCGGAGGCGGAGUUUCACUUCAUGGAGGCUGGAGACUGGAAAACAGCGAUCAACAUGUACAGAGCCCAGAGUCUGUGGGAGGAGGCUCACCGGAUUGCGAAGAGUCACGGCGGCGUAAACGUGCAGAAGCAGGUGGCCUUACUGUGGGCGCAGAGUCUGGGAGGAGAAGCCGCCGUCAAACUUCUGUCACGCUUCAAUCUGCUCCACUACGCCAUCGAGUUCGCCUGCGACAACCUGAGUUUUGACUUUGCGUUUGAAUUGGCCAGUCUCGCCGCCAAAGAGAAGCUCCCUGAGGUGCACCUGAAGAGCGCCCUCUGCCUGGAGGACGAGGAGAAGUUCACUGAAGCUGAAGCGGAAUUUAUAAAAGCAGGAAAACCCAGAGAAGCUGUGCUCAUGUACGUUCACACCUCUGACUGGUCGAGUGCUCAGAGAGUCGCCGAGGCCCACGACCCCGACAGUGUGAACGAGGUCCUGGAGUCUCAGGCCAAAGCCUGUUUCAGUGACAGAGACUUUCAGAAAGCAGAGACCCUGCUGCUGCGAGCGCAAAGACCAGACCUCACCGUGCACCUGUACAAGGAGGCUGGGAUGUGGAGCGAUGCCUUGAGGAUUUGUAAAGAUUAUCUCCCAAACAAACUGUCCAAACUUCAGGAGGAGUUCGAGCAGGAGGCGUCCAAGAAACACAACGGCGUGGAGGCGAUCCUGGAGCAGGCGCGCGAGUGGGAGACCAGCGGAGAAUAUUCCAGAGCCGUCGACUGUUUCCUCAAAGUGAAAGACGACAAGAACACCAAGCUGAUGGAGAGAUGCUGGAUGAAGGCCGCUGAACUCGCCAUCAAGUUCCUGAACCGUGAUCGGGCGGUGGAGGUGGUGCAGCUCGUGGGACCUCGUCUCUCCAAACUUCGACAGUUUAAAGCGGCGGCGGAGCUGUACCUGGACGUGGAGCUCUUCAAAGACGCCAUCGAUGUUUUCAUCGAUGGAGAAGAGUGGAACAAAGCAAAACGAGUGGCCAAAGAGCUGGAGCCCAGGCUGGAGGAUUAUGUGGAUCAGAAAUACAAAGAACAUCUGAAAAACCAGGGACAAGUCGAGUCGUUGGUGGGGAUCGAUGUGAUGGCGGCUCUGGAUCUGUACGUAGAGAGAGGACAGUGGGACAAGUGUCUGGAGAUCGCCUCAAAACAGAACUUUCAGAUCCUGCAGAAGUACGUGGCUCUUUACGCGACGCAGCUCAUCAAGGAGGCGGAGCCUGUGCGAGCGCUACAGCUGUACGUCACCCACGGAGCCCCGCCCAACCCCCAGAACUUUAACAUUUACAGACGUUUGUUUGUGGACGUGAUGAAUCUACCCGACACAAACUCCUCUGACGCCUACAGAGUCUGGGCUCAACUACGAGACUUUCUCUUUCAACUGGUUGAAAACGUUUCUAAAUCGUCGGAGGCAAAUUCUCCGUCUCAUGACGACUUUGAGCAGAUGCUUCUGAUUUCUCACUACUGCGCCACCAGGUCGGCCGCCAAAGGAGUCGCACAACUGUCGAGCGUUGCCUCGAAGCUCUCGGUGUCUCUGCUCCGUCACACUGAGGUGGUUCCUGCAGAUAAGGCGUUCUUCGAGGCGGGAACAGACUGCAGGGCCGAGGGCUGGGACAGUAUGGCGUUCAUCUUCCUGAAUCACUUCUUGGAUCUGUGUGACGCGAUCGAGGAGGCGACUCUGGACGGACUCGAUCACUCAGAUUUCGUCGACACAGAUAUUCCCUUCGAGGUCCCAGUGCCGAGCAAACUCUUCGUCUCUGAGGAGCAGAGGGAGCAGAUCAGAGACUGGGUUCUGAUGGUUUCCAUGGAUCAGCGUCUGGAGCAGGUUUUACCCAAAGACGAAAGAAACAGUUACGAAGGAACUUUGACCUGCUCCUCCACCGGCCUCACGUCCCUGCCCUGUGUCCUCACCGGUUACCCGGUGAUCCGGAGUCCUGUGGAGUUCUCGUCUUCUGGAAGAGCCGCAAAUAAAGACGACUGGAACAAGUUCCUCAUGGCCACAAAGACGUCCCACAGUCCGGAGUGUCAGGACGUCCUGAGGUUUUUGGGGCAGUGGUGCGGAUCAGUGCCUGGAUCUGGAUUCUCCUUUCACUAACUCCAGAAAAACCUUCGCUUAGUCCUGGUUUAGUUCUGGUUUAGACCUGGUUUAGACCUGGUUUAGACCUGGUUUAGAACUGUUUUGGUUUAGUCCUGGUUUAGUUCUGGUUUAGUUCUGGUUUAGUUCUGGUUUAGUUCUGGUUUAGUCCUGGUUUAGUUCUGGUUUAGUUCUGUUUUGUGAGUUGGAGCAGAAAUAUUUGUAUUCAUUAAAACUCAUUAAAAUCAUAUUUAAUCACAAAAUCACUUCUUUUAAUUCUGUUUGGGUUUUUUUAUGCUUUUUUUGUUUGUUUUUUUGAGACUGACCUCUGACCCUUUGACCUCUGUCCCUCUGACCUUUGACCUCUGACCUCAGACAAACGCUGAAUCAGACCAAAUACCAGAAGAAAGAUUUUUAUUUUGCACAAUUUCAAACAAUUUCUGUCUCUGUCUCUGUCCCUCUGUCCUUUUGUCUCUUUGUCUUUUGUGUUUUUACAUAAAUGUUUUUUGUUCAGAAAUAAA